AUGUCGAGAAGCAGCUUCGCGCGCCAACUGAAGAAUGUGAAGUCGUCGUUCCUUAUGCAGCUGUACCCCUCGGAGUUUCGUGCGCCUAUGCAAACUCUGAUAAAUGGGGAGAUGUUUCCAGAAUCGAAAGCAGUGGAGGAGAGCACCCCUAUGAGUCAUGUGUCGGCGAAGAGCACGCGUGUUGUGAAAAUGAUCCUAUGGUCAAGGCGAAAUGGUGAAUCGUACCAUCCUGCCAAGGUUUGCAAGCCGACUGCGGAGGUUUCCGGGGAAAAACACGACUGGCUGUAUUACAAACAGUGGUAUGAAGUGUCUGUUCAGCCGGGCAUCAUGCUCUCAGCUUUUCCAGGUUGGGGCAGGGAUGGCUCAGAAGCGCACCGGAGAGUGACUCCGGACAAGUGGUGCGUCACCAGGGAGGACGGGACGGUUGGAAGGUGUCGUUCUGAGCUCCAUGAGAGCCUCGCAUGUCAGAGUGUCAUCCACGAGGACCUGAAGUACUUGCGGAAAGAGAUUCAGCACGCCGAUACCAUCGGCCCCAACAUGUACAACGUCGUCGACAACUACAUCAAGCCACUGUGCGAACAGGCUGGGAACUCCAGCUGGGCACUCCUACGCAACCCAGACGGGCUCAGCUGCGAUGUCUUCAUCACUCAUGGGUGGGCAGAAGGGAUCUACGAGUUCAUCGACAAGGUUCUGGCCUCCUGGCCGCCGCAUGCUAACGCCGCAUGGUGUUGCGUGCUGGCCAACCCUCAGAACUUGGACAUCGGCCAGAUGCUUGAAACGCCCCAAAGCUCACCAUUCGCAGCGGCCUUGAAGGCUGCGCAUUCGGUUAUGGUGGUGGCCAAUAGGACAGGCAGCAUCUACGCCCGGAUCUGGUGCACCUAUGAGGCAUACCUUGCCUUUAUGUGGGACAAGCAUAUCUUCACGGCGCAUCCACCAACGCGGGGGUGGUUUCGAGCAGUGCAGGCAAUGACGAUGGAAUCAGCCAUCAAGGGGCUGGAGGGCAUGUUCCAAGCAUUCUGGGGGCUCAAUUUCGAGACGGCUCGAUUCGCGUCAGUUUGCUUGGGUUCCCCCGUGUUCGUCCUACCGUACCUGGCCAGUCGCUUAUAUCAUUGCUCACAAAAGAGAAGCGAGUCCAAAGAUUUGGGCCAGAACUUCACAUCCAUCGUGCAUGCUGAAGCCAGUAGGCCGGAGGACAAGCAGAACAUCCUUCUAGACAUCGGCAACAACACGGAAGAGGUGGACGACUUCAUCCGGUUGUUGUUGCAGACGACGGUGGUCACUCCAGACACCAAGCAAGCCAAGGCUCUGGGAGUGCGGUUUUCGGGUGUGGCCGACUGGAGCCUGCCCGUGCUGCUGGCCGUGUACUGGCACCUCGUAUGGCCAACACAGCUCUUGUUCCAGGAAGACGUUACUUGCAACUUGAGCAUGGUUUGCUUCAUUGUUUGCUCCGUAUCAUGGGUGGCAUCAGACUUCUUCCAUCGAGCCUUCAUCCGCUCCGUGCUGACGAAGCUUGGGAUCGUCCUCCUGGCUUUGCAUGCUCUCAUGAUUGUUCCCGCAGUCUUCAACUUUGGCGUGGUGACAGAUACCAGCGCCACGAGCCUGGAACAAGUCGUGGUCCAUGUCGUGGGAGUGGCUGCAACAGCUUGCUGCAUGCUGGGGGUCUGUGGCCUGGCCAAGAUUCCUCGCUACGGCCUCGCCGUAGCCAGCAUCCUGAGCCCUGGAGUCCCAGACUUCUCUUCUUUGGAGGUGCUGGCACGUCCACCAAGCUGUUUUCCACAGAUCUGCUUGAGCAGCCCGGCAAGAGUUUGGGCUGGAAGUGUCGGCUGUGGACAGACCUGCCUGGGCUGCAUGAGAUCAUGGUGCUGCCGCAGACGGACAUCGGAAAUGAAGUUUGUUCUAAGCUUCGGGCGGUCUUCGACAUCAGACAGCCUGAUAGAGGGUUGCCUAGCUGACCCCCCUGGCUUCGCAGAGUUAAUCUGA